AUGGCAGCAGCAGUAGCUUCAUCGGUCGGCGCUGCCAUAUCAUCUAUAAUAACAUUGAUGAGAAAGCAAAGUUUCUGUAACAAUUUUGUUCCAUUAAUGGAUUAUAAUCAAGAAGAUUCAACGGGUGUCUUAAGUUUUAUUUCAACAUGUAUGAAUACACCAAAAAAAUUUGAAUAUCAUCCAUUUCUUCAAUAUACAAUAUUCAUCAUUGAUAUAAUUUGUGCAAUUAUAUUAACAAUUGAAGCGGUUGCAAAAAUGAAAAUUCGAGGAAUAUUAAUUGAUAAUUCAUUUUAUUUACAUGAUCUAUCGAAUCAUUUUGACGCUAUUAUGGUUUUAAACAUCUAUUUUUCUAUUAUCUUACAAAUGUUCGAAAUAAUUGGUAUUAUAAACAAAUAUUCAUAUCUUACAAUAAUUCGUUCACCACCUCCAUUUAUUCUGAUACAAGUUCUCAAAACAUUUCUCAAAUUUAAAUUAUCUAAAAGUCAAAUUAAAUCUAUUCUUCAACAUUCUAAUUCAAAAAUUUAUAAUGUAACAGUGUUUUUUCUAUUCUUUAUGAGUUUAUAUACCAUAUUGGGUGUACAAUUUUUUGGAUCACUUACAUUCCAUUGUGUGAGAAAUGGUACUGAUUUAAAUAACGUGACACAGCCAGAUCUAAUGAUACCUGAUACAUAUUGUUCGUCAACAAAAGAUGGUUUUCAUUGUCCAGAAAAUUUUACUUGUAAAAAAAUUGAAAUUCAACGAAAUUUCCGUGGUUAUAAUGGUUUUGAUGAAUUAACAACUAGUUUUUUUUCAUUUUAUGAAUCAGCUAAUCAAGAAGGAUGGGUAUUUCUUAUGUAUCGAGCUAGUGAUAGUCUUCCAUCAUGGCCUGCAUUUUUUUAUUUUAUUACAUUAAUUUUUUUUCUUGUAUGGCUAGUCAAAAAUGUAUUUAUUGUCGUUAUUAUUGAAACAUUCGCUGAAAUUAGUGUUCAAUUCCAACAAAUAAAUUAUAUUCGAAGAUCAACAUUGAAAUUUGAAUUUAUGCUUGCUGUAGGAACAACUCUUCAUUGUUUUCCAUCAUUCUAUCGAAGUGGUUUUACAUAUUUUCAAGUUCUACGUGUCGCUCGUCUACUUGAAUCAAGUCCUUUACUUGAAGAUUUUCUUCAUAAAAUUUUUGGUCCGGGUAGAAAACUUAGUAGUUUAAUUUUAUUUACAAUGUGUUUAUUAUUGAUAACAUCAUCGAUUAGUAUGCAAUUAUUUUGUUUUAUUAAAGGUCUUGAACAAUUUGAAACAUUUCCUCGUGCAUUUCUGUCUAUGUUUCGUAUUGCUAUGAAUGAUGGUUGGACAGGAGUGAUGUAUUCAGCAAUGGACGAAGUUUACGAAUUUGGAGCAUUCUUUUUAUGUCUCACAGCACUUUUCUUUAUUUUUUUUCAUUCAUUAACUAAUUCGUGCUUUGAUUAUAAUUGGUUACCACAAGAUCCAGUCUACUAUCACCGUUUAAGUCGUACACAGCGAUCGAGCUUGGACUGCCACCAGCUGGAAACGUCUGAUAUGAAAUAA